CACGGCAAGUUCGGGCGCCCGAGCGCACACUACUACUUUGCGCCUUCGCGCGUCCGCACCAACCGCUCAGUACAGCUUGAGUCGUCGACGCUGAGAGGCCGCAGUGCGUUUCGUUUCCCGUCGAAAGCCCGUCGUCUCGCUUUUCGUUCAACGCCCGUCUGCUAAGUGUGUGCAGUAGUAAGUGAGUUAACGUGAAGUAGGCAAAAAAAAACCCAAAAUAAUUGCCACCCCGAGGCCGCCCUCACCCCGGAGUGUGCUUAGCAGUGGUGCCCUUUCCUUCUAACUGCCCACGUCGUGUCGUGUCGUGGUGCUCGUUGUGUGCAUUUGCAGUGUCUCAAAGCGUGUGGUUGUGUGUAACGCCGUAUUGCAUAACUCACUCACCGGCGUGCGCCCUAAAACCGAGCGCACCUUCGGCUAACAAGGGUUCGUCGCCGACGCUGCCGCCGCCCGCACGAGCAUUGAAAUCGUUUGGAUCGAAUUUGGAUUGGCGCGAUUUGUCUGUCGGUGAUUGUGGUGGUGCUUGUCUGUGGUAGUGUUUUUAGCUGUCGUUAUGGUAGUGUAGGUGCCCCGCAGUGUCACAUUUGACGUGAUCUCGAGUGAUCGCCCAUUCUAUUCGUCUGUUGGCGUGCAUUCGAUUGUGCCCGUAGCCCAAAUUUUGCAACGAAUUUCGGUUCCAGAUAGAGUUGGUGCGAGCUGGUUGCCAGAAGUGACAGAGUGGGAAGCAAACUGUACACCACAAAAGGCGCGACGAUGAAGCUGAAGCUGCUGUACACGCUGGCCAGCAUAGCGCUGCUGACCGUGGCCAGCUGUGAAGCGAAAGCCACCCACAAGGUAACGUGCGCCGACGAGACGAUGCGGGUCGACGUUGCACUGCCGUCGGAAAACUUCUCCAGCGAGGCCGUCUAUCUGGACGGUAUGAAGGGCUAUCCAGAUCCGAAGUGUAAGCCCACCAUACGGGAGAAUCUGGCCGUGUUUGAGCUUUCGCUCACCAACAUCUACGAUUGCGGUGUGACACGGGUGAUCAAUCAAAUUACGGGGAAGAAAGUUUUCUAUCAUCGGAUCAUCGUCGAGACCGGGCCGGACACUGGCAAGGAGAUCGUGAGCGUAAAGUGCAUCACCACCGGGCCGAGCUACAAUGUGACGCACGGUAUCGUGAAGCGGGAUGUGCUGCCCGCCGGCUUCCAGGAACCAGAAGAUCUCGAAAUAACGACCUCGAUCACGGAGAAUGCCCCCGAACCGUCACUCGGUAUUGCGAUCCGCCAGGGCGACAAGCUGGUAUCGGGCGACCUUAACGUUAGCCCCGGGGCUCACCUGCAGAUGGAAAUUUUCCUCGACAACCGUUCGGCACCAAUUUACGGGCUCGGCGUCAACUACAUGCUCGUCACCGACACCAAAUACCAGGAGGAAACGAUCAUUUUCAACGGCUGCUCAGUUGAUCCGUAUCUGUUCGAAAACUUCAACACGGUCGACGGUGACCUGCUGGCAGCCAAGUUCCGCGCGUUCAAGUUCCCCGAGUCGACCUACGUCCAGUUCCGCGGCACCGUCAACGUGUGCGUCGAUCGGUGCAAGGGUGUAAUCUGCAGCAACGGUCAGACGGCGUUCGGACGGCGGAAGCGCGAGAUCAGUGCUGCACCGGCCGACCCGAACAAGGUGUACGAAGUCACCAUGACUACCUUCAUCAAGGUGAACUACGACGAGAAUGCAGAUCAGAAUACUGUGUCGGAGAUUGAUCAGAAAAUUCGCCAGCUGAAGCUCACCAACCAGAAGCUUGCCCGCAACAGCCGUGCCGGCAACGUGUUCGAGAGCAUCCACAAUGUGCCGGCCCGGACGGCGGAUGUGGAGCAGCCGGAAGCCACCACCCUGCCGGCGGACAACGAGAGCGCCAAGGUCGAGGAGACGAUCGUGUUCCGCGAGGUGAUCACCCGGCAGGAGGAGCAGGAGGACGCAUCGUUCGAGAGCGCCAGCGGUAGCUCCCGGCGGACGGCCUGGCAACUGGGCGCCCUGCUUGCCGCACUCUGCACGAUCGCACUCGAGAUCGUUCGCCAUUGAAAGUCACGAUUUCUCACGCGGUGAGCAUGAUCUCUCUCGCACACCGGAACCAAACAAGGCAAAAAAAGAAGAAAAGCAAAACAAAUACGGACUGCCGUGCUCGGCGGGCUGAAGUGGAGGAAUCGGCGCGAACGACGCUAUGUCACACUUCCAUUUUGGCCAUCGCCGACCGUGGACGGUCCUAUGCAUUAUGGAGAAACUGGAGACAACACUGAACGCACGGUGCUGUCUCACCGUACGGGGUGGGAAUUAUUAAUUAGAACGUGAGGGUACAACAAGCUGUAAAUAUUCGAUUCCUGUGUAGGCAGUGGCACCGUCGGUGAGAGAGCACACGAGAGCAAACACUGGGGUUCAUUCAUGUUUUUAGCAGCGGGUUUUCUUUUUGUAAUUUUACGCGACAGUUUACACUAAUAGCACAAAAUUGAACGCUGAACAAAUUAGACACUAAUUAACGCUUGACGAGAUACUAAUAGAAACGCGUGUGCAUUGGGAGAAUAUUUCAGCGUGCGAAACGAAAAGGAAAAUUCAUUUUACUUGGGCAGUUUAAGAACACGCGGAACGAAAGCAAUAGGAUUAAAACAUACUAAAGUUGCUGGAUGUGUGUGCGAAAAAAAAUCAAACACACAACACGAUCGUGCUUUGGGAUAUAAGCAAGAACGCGUCUGUACGAUGCUGAUCGGUACGAACUUGUCGGUAAAAGGUUGCGCUCACGCGUACACGCGCAGCUCUAGCCGCAGUAAGAUAAGAUAAUGCUAGUCUAAUUACUGUUUAAUUGAGCGGACAAGAACUGACAGGGAAAACGGAAAGCGCCCAAUAGGACAGAGGCGCCCAGCGAGCCGAUGCGACGAUAUGCAGGCAAUCGAGGCCACUAAAGCCUUCCGUCGCGCGCUUACACUAACAGGGGGAGAGACAAAGAAAUUACUGAUCGUAAACUCCUUCAAUGGGACCACGAAUCACCGAAUCCGCAAAUGUGAGGAAUAAAAUAAAGCAUCAUUAAUAGCAUUAACGACCGAUAAAUAAUGUAAAAGGGUGGCCCCAUCGGUGGCCGUCGCGCUAACGCCAGCAAUAAUUGUGAAAAUUGUGCGAAAAUCUAGGAAAAUAAAGCUAACCGUAAAACUAAA